AUGUUCAUCUAUAUCAGGCAUGGAGAUAAUGAGCAGUUUCUGGCCAAUAUCAAUUGCACUAUCCUCCAGUUAUUGCUGUACACCAGGAAAAAAGUGGGGUUAACCAAAACAGACAUCAUUGAUUUGUGUGAAGAAAAUGGAACAAUGAAGAUGUUUUUCCUAAUGAAAACACCAAGAGACUAUGCCACCAACUUCCUAACAUCUCGAAACACAUACCUUGUUUGUAAAAUUGAGCGUGGACUACCAGGGACCAGAAUUGCUUUUUCCUACAGAGCUUUUGUGCCCCUUCUGAAGAACCCAGAACCUGAGCUGUUAGAAUCUUUGCGCACACAAUGUGAAACCCUGGAGAGGAGCCGAGUGAAAAUGCUUAGAAUCCAAGAGGCCAAAAAGACCCCUCCUGUAGGAUCCUCUGUGAAACGUCCAUCAAAACUAGGACGACAUAAUGAAGAAGUGUCCCAUAAAAAGGGUCCACCCUACAAACCCAGAGCAGACUUGAUUCGGAAGGAUAGACAUCGAUGA